UUGACGAUGAUCUGGGUACUUCCGUAUGGUAGCUAUAGCUAGCUGGUAAGCGUCAAGUAUAUGCUACAGUACAGUAAUGCCAAAAAUGUGCGUUUUUACUUAACUAUCGAAGGAACUGAUGAGGGAAACUGCUCUCCCAAGAUUGCUAGCUAAAUAGCUAGUUGCAUAAGAGUAUUGCAGCGUCAGUACAGGAAAACAAAGGGAAAACCAAACUGCUCACUGUAAUGUCAGGGGGUGUUCCUUAAACUCUGGAGGCAUUCACACAGCUCACCGACUGUCACUGCUGCUACGCCUGCCUAGCUGUGAGCUGGAACACAGCUGGAAAUGUCACCUGGCGACAACCCUCAUGUUUUACUAGGAAGAAUUCGCUUCCUAAACAAGUGCAUUGAAUGUUUUAGGAAGAAUGAAUUGGUGCCAGAAUGUCUGUGUUAUGUCCCAAAGGAGGUUUGCUAUAAAAUCUGUAAAGAUUCAUCAUCAAACUCAACUGCCUCGUUUAGCUCUUCCGCCAGCAUCUCUGCAGGAAAGACCCUUGUGUCAGUUUGGGAAAGCCCCCAUCAAACUCCACAUAGCAAGAAGUUAUACAAGUAUAACAUUGAAUUAAAGAAAGGGGCAAUUUUUCGGACUACUGGGGAAGAAUACUGCAACAGUCAAGGACUAUGGGUCAAAAUAAACAAGGAGCAGCUGGAGGAGCACCGUGUAGGACAGGAGCUGGAGGAGGGCUGGAUCCUGGUGUGUAAGCACACAGAAGGAGGGGACAGACUGGUGCCUGUAGAAUCCCCCGAAACUGUCAACAGGCACCAGCAGCUCUUUGGCUACGAUCACAAACCUUGCGACAGGUGGGAGCAGGUGGUGGACAUAGAGGGCUCCCUACAUCUAGGCUCUAAGCCUAAGAUCGCUGAUUGUGAUGAAGCUGCUGUCCAGAAGCUCAGACACGUGCCGCCCACCUGGACAUUUGAAUGUGACGAGGACUUGGUGCACUACUUCUAUGACCAUAUAGGCAAGGAGGAUGAGAACAUGGACAAUUUGAAACGGUGUGUCACCAGCAUUGAACUGUCAUCUUCUUCAGAGGACCACAGUAUUGCAGUGGCCCAUCUUACUGAUGGAAACGUAGACACUUACUGGGAGAGUGAAGGCAUUCAGGGCAAACACUGGAUACGCCUGCACAUGAAGAGAGGCACUGUAGUCAAUAAGCUGAUCUUGACCUUGGAUUCAUCAGAUGAUGGCAUGCCCAAGAGCGUCAACGUAUUUGGGGGAGAGAGGGACAACCUGAAGAAGCUGAAUGAUGUCACUAUAGACGAACAUCUGGUUGGAGAAGUAUGUGUGCUGGAAGACAUGACAACCCACCUUCCGGUCAUUGAGGUUCGAAUUGCAGAGUGUAUGGAAGAGGGCAUGGACACACGGGUCAGAGGUCUGAAGAUCAAGUCGUCCUCUGAGAGAGACCUGGGCCUCAGUGCUGAUGUGUUCCAGUCCCCAAACCUGGUGCGCUACCCUCGCCUGGAGGGGACCCCAGCUGACGUGCUCUACCGCAGGGCUUUAAUCAUCCAGAGAUUCAUCUCUCUCCUGGACAGUCUACUGCCCCACCUGGUCCCGGCCUGGGACUACAGUCUGGGAACCUUCAACCAGAUCAAAAAUAUAAAGCAGUACCUGCUGCUGUCAAAGCGCCGCUCUGCCCUCAUCACCCAGUGCCUGAAGGACUCUGAGACCAGUAAUCCCACCUCCAUGCCCUGUCUCUACAUCAACCGCCGACUGGCUGCGGAGCACAAAGACAACCCCUCUCUGGACCCAAGCUGCAAGAAGGCCGUCUUUACACAGGUGUAUGAAGGACUUAAACCGUCUGAAAAGUUUAAGAAAACCUUGGACUACAGAUGGCCAGCACAAUAUGAUCAGUGGUGGGAGUGCAAAUUUGCUGCAGAGGGAAUCAUUGAUCAAGGUGGUGGAUUCCGGGACAGUCUGGCAGAUAUGUCAGAGGAGCUGUGCCCCAGCUCUGCAGAGUGUCCCAUGCCCCUGCCUUUCUUCACCCGCACGUCCAACCAGGGUACUGGCGAAGCUAGGGACUACUAUGUACCCAACCCGUCCUGUAAAGAGUUCCAGAAGUAUGAAUGGAUCGGCCAGCUCAUGGGAGGGGCUUUCAGAGGAAAGGACUUCCUGGUUCUGGCUUUACCUGGCCUGGUUUGGAAGCAGCUCACUGGAGAGGCAGUCAGCUGGAGCAAAGACUUCCCUGCUGUAGACUCUGUGUUGGUGAAGCUACUGGAGGCCAUGGAGAACAUGGACCAGGAGACGUUUGAGUUCAAGUUUGGUCAGGAGCUGGUCUACACCACUCUGCUGAGCGAUGGCCAGCUGGUGGACCUCAUCCCUGGAGGCAGCAGUGUGGUGGUCCGCUACGAGGACCGCCGGGAGUUCAUCCGUCUAGUGCAGAAAUCCCGUCUCGAGGAGUGCAAACCGCAGAUAGCAGCGAUGCAUGCGGGGCUGGUGAAGGUGGUGCCCCAGGCUGUCCUGGACCUGCUCACCUGGCAGGAGGUGGAGAAGAAAGUGUGUGGAGAUCCUGAGAUCACGGUGGAGGCCCUCAAACGACUUACUCACUUUGAGGACUUGAAACCGACUGAUGUUCAAGUGCAAUACUUUUGGGAAGCCCUCAUGAACUUCACCAACGAGGAUCGUAGCAGGUUUUUGAGGUUUGUGACAGGGAGAAGCCGUCUCCCAGCACCUAUGGGAAUCUUUCCGGAAGGACAAAGCUCUGAAACCACUGAUGGACUGCCAAAAUCCUCCACGUGUUCAAGUACUCUAUAUUUACCAAACUAUACUAGUGCAAAGAUCUGUGAGGAGAAGUUGCGCUAUGCUGCCUACAACUGUGUGGCCAUUGACACUGAUAUGAGCCCCUGGGAUGAAGCCUUUAGUAACUGAUGCACCCCAUUAGAGAAUCACUGUUUAGCAGGAACUAUAAGAGGAACUAUUGCAUUACUGUAUCUUUCCAACUGCAAAUCAAUUACAGCUCACAUAGUAUUGUGUGAAAUAAAGCUGACUUUUAUCGUCUUUCUAGAUUUACUAUAUUAAGGUGGAUCAAAAUGACUAUAAUGCACAAAAAAGAUCACAUUAUUGCUGGACCUGUUGGUUGGCUUUUUUGGGAUACAAAUUUAAUUAUAAAAUGAUCCUUAGGGGGCGGGGUCACAUUUAACCUGGUGCCGGGGUACGUCAUUGUUAAAUGUAACUCAAGAGGGCUGUGCGUGGAGAGAUGACAAUGCUUAUGUAAUUGAAACUGUGCUUGCACGUCAACAACAACAACUAUCUUGAGCAGGGAAAGAAUUGCACUAAGGAAAAAAUUGCAUUGCAUUUGUAACUACCUCAUAAAGCUGGUUUAGGAAAUGCCAAAAGUGUGCAACAAUGUCAACAAGGCAAAGAGUGGCUACUUUGAAGAAUCUGAAAUAAAAUACAUUGAUUUGUUUGAUCCA